CAUCAAACUCCAAGGAAUUCCAGCAUUUUACAAACAAAACGCAAUUUUUGAUGAUGAAAAAAUUAUUUUGCUCAAUAUUUAUUGUCGAUCUUGGUAAUGGACAAAAUCUAAAUUCUCGAAUGAUAUAUUUUAAGAAUGAUGGAACAAGAUUUCAACAGGAAGGAACAACAACAACAAAUCCCUGUUCAUCAACAACAUUAAAAUUAUCGAAUCAGAAUAGAUAUCGUUUUCGAAUUGUAUUGAAAUCGAUUCCAUCAACAAUCAGUGCUGUUCGAAUCAAUGAUCAGCAAAUAUCAUAUGAAUCCCAUCAACAAGAAAAUAAUGCUGAAUUAUCAUUUGAAAUGGAUAUGAAACAAAUAAACCAUAUUGAUCAUAAUCAUAAUCAUAAUGGUCAUCGAAUACGUUUAACAAUACAUAUUGAUUUUAGCGAUUAUCAUCAUUUGAAUAUUGAUAUUCAGGUUAAAUUAUACAACCAGAAUGAUUCACAUCUUACAUGGGGACAAAUAUUUCGUUCAAUGAUGGCCGAAGCAGAGCUAUUAACAACAACAACAACAAUGAAUGAACAAAAUUAUAUAAUAACAAGGAUGAAUUUUUUAUCAAUUUAAAAAAUUACAAAAAAAAUUACAAAAAUUGA